AUGAGGCCCAACUCUCAGAAUUUGUUUCUAAUUGUCUUUUGUCUCAUACAAUGGGCGGAAGCUGCGAACGUCUUCUUCCCUCUCGUUUUGACUUGGCAGAACACUUCAGUUGCUGGAAAUGUUAGACCUGUCAUUCACUCCAACUUCCAAUUUCCCGGCCCAGAGCUUCGCAUCAACCAAGGCGAUCGUGUUCAGUUUGCUGUGACGAAUCUUUGUCCUUUCAACGUCACGGUCCAUUUCCAUGGAAUUGAACAACUCGGAACACCCUGGUCUGAUGGAGUUCCUGGAAGCUCCCAGAGACCAAUUGUAACCGGGCAGUCUUUCCUUUACCGCUGGACUGCUACCGAAUACGGCGCGUACAUGUACCAUGCUCAUCAUCGUGGACAGUUUGAAGAUGGUCUUUAUGGGCCUAUUUACAUCACCCCCACGGCAACCGAGACCCGGCCCUUUAGUCUGGUCGCAACGAACAAUACACAGCUCCAAGCCAUGCUGGCUGCAGAAAGAAAGACGUCCCCUGUUUUACUUUCGGACUGGCGCCUUUUGACUUCAGAGGAGGUUUGGGCAGCAGAGGUGGCCUCGGGAGUCGACUCCUACUGCGUCAAUGCCCUGCUCAUCAAUGGAAAGGGUGCCGUGUCCUGUCUCCCCCGUGCCCUGAUCAACUCUUUGAUCACACCAAAUGUGCAAGCGGUAUUGGGCAAUGAAACGCUUACUGAUAUUGCCUGCUUUCCACCGAACGUGACCAUCGUGCAAGGCGAUUAUCCUCAUAAUUAUGAUGCUAUUCCACCGACGAUGUUCUCUGGCUGCACCCCAACUCAAGGUGAACAAGAAGUUUUUACUGUCAAUGCAAACCAGCAAUUUGUCAGUUGGGACCUGACGAGUGCUUCUGGACAUUUGCAUCUAAUUUUCUCCGUGGAUGAACACGACAUGUGGGUAUAUGCAAUUGACGGUCGCUAUAUCGAACCAGUUCGCGUCAACGCAAUCAAUUUGCCAAACGCCAAUCGAUACUCUGUGCUUGUACCGCUCAACAAGCCUCGAGGAGACUAUGCAGUUCGUUUGAUCAGCGGCAGCCAGCAGCAGAUCCUUAAUACCACAGGCAUCCUUCGAUAUCAAGGCAAACCUCAACUGAAUAGGCCCUCGAAUCCAUGGGUCCUGCUGAAUGGUCUCAAUGCGACCGCCGAUACCGUUUUCCUCAACGACUCGCAGACCAUACCAUUCCCUGUAGUGACUCCUUCAGCGACCGUUGACCAAACAUUCAAAUUGACAAUUCAACACUUCAACGCAUCCUAUCUUUGGACCUUGGGUAAUUCCAGCUUCAACCUUGAGCUUGAAGAAUCUCAACCGCUACUGUUCAAUCAAACUGCCAUUCCAAGCGACUUGAUUAUUCGAACCAAGAACAAUACCUGGGUUGAUUUGAUUAUCAUUCAUCCAAUCCACAAGCACUCAAACAAGCAUUUCGUUAUCGGAUCAGGCACCGGGGCAUUUAAUUACUCUACGGUCGCAGAGGCCAUGCAAGAGAUUCCAGAGGCUUUUAAUUUGGUGAAUCCCCAAAUCCGAGAUACCACCGACACGGUAGUUGCGAUCUUUGAGCCUACAUGGUUGGUUCUUCGCUAUCAAGUCGUCAAUCCAGGUGCAUUUUUACUGCACUGUCAUGUCCAGGUUCACCAGAGUGGCGGGAUGGCUCUGGCUAUCUUGGAUGGCGUUGAUGCUUGGCCGACUAUCCCGCCUGGAUACCUUCUUGACUCUGGAUUUUUCUGA